UUGUUGACUAUAGAUUAAGUGAAGAAUGGCUUGUAAAACGAAAGUCAGCACAAAGCAGCAGGAAACAAAACAAAUACAACCACCGCACUGGACGAGGUGGUGUUAGGAAGGUCCGAGAGAAGAUGGAGAAAGAAUUGGGUCACCAGAUAGAUGACGUUGAUCGAGCUGAUUUGUGGAUCAACAUGUACAAGAACAAGAAGGGUGAGUUUGAUGUCGAGACACAAAAAGUCGUGGAUAAAAUUAAUGACCUUAAAAAGCAGGUCGAAGAGGGAACACUAGUGCUCGAAGGCUCUAAGGAUAUUCUGACCCUGGCGCUUGGCACAAAUGAACACGGUGGACGUGUUAGAGGCAUGGGGAGGAACGUCACCCAGACACAAUAUUUUAAGACCCCACGCCCUACCAAAAAGAUACAGUCAACAAUUGAUGACAAUCGAAUGAUUGAGGUGGAGAAGAGACUUCAAGAGACUGAUGAAAUGUAUCGCCAAACUCAACAACAAUUAAAGGAACUUCUCCAACAAUUGAACACUCAACAUAGCAACGUGGUUGGGACUUCACAUGCAUCUGGUUCGGGUAUAGGAGGAGCAUCAAAUGAACCAGUGAAUAUUUCACUGCAGAGUGUCUCUGCUCAACCACGAGUGGCACCACCGAAUGUCUUUGCCCGACCAGUAGCACCACCACUUAGUGUAUCUAAUCUACCAUCAGUGCCACUUCCUGCAAAUGUCUCUGCUCCACCGACACCACCACCAGAUACAACAAUGUCUGAGAAGGUAAAUCUAUUUUCAUAUUUAUUUUAUUAUAUCGUUCUUAUUCGUUUUAAUAAAUUGCACUAAUUAUAAUUGUUUGUUGUUUGGUUUCAAAAUAUAGAAAGCAAAGUGUUCGAUGUACUUGGUUACCAAACAACCCAAAAAUAGUACUAAGUGUGUUGCAAAGGGGUAUUUGGUGAUAGAAAAUGUGACCACCCUGGAAUUACAUAAUGAAAAGUUUGACCCAAAGCGCUUUUGUCGAGUCUUCAUUGAAGAAGUUUUUUACGAAAAUCCAAGGCUCCCAUGCCCUG